AAAACUGCAGUCAUAAAGGGACAUUUACAAAACAACAGAUAUUCCCCUGAUGACACAGGCCACCAUGGCUGGUAAACACUGAUGCAUUUGUUGAAAAGUCAACCACACAAAGAUGCUUGUCAGAUUUCAUAAAUGUAGAAAUUGUCCUUAUCGCUGGGAGAUCACGUGUUAGAAAAUUGACGUCAAAACAGACCGGGAAUCCAAGAGAGCAACACUGCCCAUGUGAUUACUCAUGUAUAAGAUGGUGUACAGCUCUUUUCUUCGAGUGUGCACGACUGCCCUGGCGUGAAGGCUCAGUGAAUGGCUUGUUGACAAAUUUCUUCUACGUUAUUAACGCUAAUGGAAAUUUCCCAGCACUACUUAACCACCAAAACAACAAGGACCCACAAUAAACCUCUCUGUUCUGAAGCCUCUUCCUGUUGACUGAAAUUCCUCUUGUGGGCAGAACGGACGAGUUCAGUUCAGAGACGUCAUAUCCAGGGAGACAAAUUGUGCGAUGGGGCCCAAUCUACAGAAGCAGGGCAAGAAGUUCAAAAAGGUGCCCCAUGUAGCCUUAAUGGGCCUGGACUCAGCUGGGAAAUCCACUCUACUCUACAGGCUCCAACGAGGGGUUAUCAUGGACACUACACCUACUAUAGGAUUUAACGUGGUCACCCUGGAGUUGAACAAAAAGACAGUGCUUACUGUUUGGGACAUAGGUGGCCAAGAGAGUCUGAGGCCCAACUGGAGGUACUAUCUGGAGGGAUGCAGUGCGCUGGUGUUCGUGGUGGAUGCCAGUGACAGUACUCGCAUGGAGGAAGCAAAGCUGGCACUGAAGAACGUUCUAAACGAUUCCAACUUGGAAGACAUUCCGCUGAUGGUCUUGGCUAAUAAAACUGACCUACCAAAUUCGUUGACAUUAGACGAGGUGUGUGAAAAGCUGGAUUUAGCAAGCUGCACUAACAGGACUUGGGAGAUCCAGGCAUGCAGUGCUUUAAAAGGACUGGGACUGCAACAGGCUUUUCUGUCAGUGGCCAAACUGAUUCAAUAAAGGAACAUGACAUGGGCAUGACCUCAAAUAUUCUGAAGAUCAAACUAAUGAGAAGGAAAAGAGAAUGUGGAAUGAACACUCAAAAGAAGAUAGAUGACUGAAUGAGUGCAAAUCACAAGCUUGUUCUUGAAGAGCUACAUAAAAGG